UUAUUUUUGUAAAAAUUUUGAAUAUGGAUAAUAAUCAACAACAGACACCAGCAUUUGUUGGAAGAGGCCGUGGAGGACGUGCAAAUUUUGGAAAUGUUUCUUCACGAACUGAUUCUAUUUCUGAUAACAAUGACACAACUUCUAACGAGCAGCAACAAGUAAAUGGAAGGGGUGGUGCUCGAUUUGGACGAGGACGAGGGAUUUUUGGGAAUGAUACUUCUAAAACAAAUAACUUUUCUGCUAUUAACAAUUCUUCAACGACAAACGAUGACCAGCAAAAUACAAUUUUCAAUGGGAGAGGUGGUACUCGUGGACGUAGCCGGGGAAGCUUUGGAAAUAAUGCCGCUCCUAUUGAUAAUUCUCAAGCAUUUGACAAUAAUUCAACAACAAGUAAUCAACAACCAGUUCGAGGAAAAGCUGCUAUUCGUAGUUGGCGGGGAAAUAAUCGUGGUGGAAAUUUGGGAUCUGUAGGUUCGAGUACUGGUUCUACUUCAGAUCUCAAUAAUAAUGGCAACCAAUCAACCCCAUUUGGUGGAAGGGGUCGUGCUGGUGGUACUCGAGGAAACUUUGGAUAUGGUAAAUUUCAUUUUUUAUUACUGUCUUCCCCCCCCCCCUUAUUAAUCAUUAUAAUUUGUUUUUAUAAUGUUCAGAUUUCUGGUAACAGUAAUAUUUAUAGCCAAGACUUGAGAUACUUUUGUUAA